CGAUGGGAUGCUUGGAAGAGAAGAGGCAGAAUCGGCCUUCGAUGAAACAAGUGGUGGAGGAGAUUGAGUACAUCAUUAGUAUCGCCACCGCCAAGGUUCACCCCAAAUAUUUUAAUCAGUAAAAUUUAGAUUUAAUCAGUUAACUAAUAAGAUGUUGUGUCAUGUUUAUGUUUGUGUAUUAAAUAAACUUAGUUGGGCUAAACAUUGUAGGUGUGGUUCCAAUUUUGCGUUAAACAUUGGGAAACCAUAAUACGUGGAAAACUACAUUUUAAAUUUUGUAAAGAUUUAGGUUUUUGGCCCCUGAAAUUAGGGGAUGGGUUGAUUGAAAAGUUCGGACAA